AUGGAAAUCAAAGUGACUUCAAGAGAAAUCAUCAAGCCAUCCAAACCCACUUCUCCAGAAAACAAAACCUUCAAGCUUUGUUCCUUCGACAUCCUCCACCGUAACACUUACAUCCCUGUAAUCUUAUUCUACCCCACCUUCACAAACCCCAAUAACAUUCUCAAACACUCGCUUUCGGAAACCCUAACCAUCUUCUACCCUCUCGCCGGCCGACGAAACGACCUCGUUUCCGUCUCCUGCAACGACGAAGGAGCCGUCUAUUAUGAAGCCACCGUGAACACUUCCAUCUCCGACUUCCUGAACCCACCAAAAACAGAAUAUCUAAACCAGCUUCUUCCAUGCGAGCCUUGCAAGAUUCAUCCACCGGGAUCGUUGCCUCAUUUGCUGGUUCAAGUUAACACUUUCGAGUGUGGCGGUGUGGCCAUUGGGGUGUGUAAUCUUCAUACCAUCAUGGAUGCUUGCUCGUGCCGUGUCUUGUUGAAGACUUGGUCGGCGAUUUGUCGCAGUAAAAGAGAAGACAUCGAGUGGCCGGAUUUUGAUUCUGCAUUUGCCGUGUUCCCUCCCAUAGAUUUUUCCCGUGUGCGUGCCGGCCUUGUUUCUUCGUCCUCAAAAGUUGAAGCCAAUUGCACCAUAAGAAGAUUCGUGUUCACUGAGGAGGCCAUGAAUAACCUGAGAAACAAAGUAAAAGAUGAUGAUGAUGGAGGUUUGCCGAAUCCUACACGUUAUCAAGUGCUGUCUUCUUUCAUCUCCAAGCACAUGAUCCUUGCAUAUAAAAGCAAAGGCAUAAUAUCUUUGGUAUUACUAAUGCACAUAGUGGACGCGAGAAGAAAAAGGGGCGACCCUUUAUCCAGUAACUCCAUGGGAAACCUGCACUGGCCGGUGAUGAUACCUUAUGACAAGGCCAAUUACACAGACGAUAUCAGUCUCAAUGACUUAGUGAAAAUCACGAGACAGAAUAUAGGAAGCGUCAAUAAGGACUUGUUCUUGAGGAUUCAAAGAGACCCUAAUUUUCUGCUGAGUGCUGAGUGUGGAGGGAUGUUGAUGGAAGGGAUAGAGGAGAAGAAGCCAAUUCCACUUGUGUUCUCAAGUUGGUGUAAUUUGGGGUUCGAUGAGAUGGAUUUUGGAUGGGGGAAGCCACUGUGGGUAGGUUUCAGAGGGGGAACACAGGAAACAGUUCCUAAUAGUGUUAUUCUGAUUGAUACAAGCCAAGGAAUUGAGGCUUGGAUCACUAUGCCAGAAGAAUAUCUGGCUGUCUUGCAGAAAGAUGAGGACUUUCUCCGAUAUGCAUUGCUUAAUCCUACAGUUUCGUCAUAA